GCCUCAUUGCAUCUCUGUCCAGCAGCUGCACUAACAACAAGCAUGCGUUUUGCUCUUAUUGUCAUUUCUACCCUCUGGGCGGCCACGUUGGCCAGUCCAACUCCUCAUCCCCAAGGCACCUGGGAAAUUCUAUCCCCUAUCCCCAUCGCACCACGACAGGAACACUCAGUCGCUGCCCUCUCGGACACCACUCUCGCCAUUAUCGGUGGGAUCAUCCCAAAUCCAGACGGAGAGGGUAUCAAUACAACCUCGAUCGUACAGCUUUACGACAUCCCCUCCGACACGUGGCGAUCAGUUGCUCCGGUGCCUAUCCAAGUCAAUCACCCUAACGUUGCGGCGGUUGACGGCAAGAUCUAUCUCUUGGGUGGACUUUCUGUCGCCUCUGACGGUGCUUGGAGAGCCUUCUCGGACUCUUGGGUCUACGAUCCUGACCGAGACGAGUGGUCGUCGCUAAAUCCAAUUCCAGAUGCUGAGGAGAGGGGAAGUGCCGCUGUGGGCGUUUAUGGAGGCACCAUUUACAUGGCGGGAGGCAUGCGCACCUUGGUUCCAGGAGGCCCAGGCGGAGAGCAAGAUACUGUCGACUUUGUGUCUGCCUUUGACACAGUCUCGUCAAUGUGGAUCAAUCUUCCCAAGCCGGCGAAGAAAAUUCCCGAAGGACGAGAUCAUGCCGGUGUUUCUGUCGUAGGAAAGAAGUUCUACAUUCUCGGGGGAAGACUCCGAGGCCAGCACAACGUAAAAGACACCGCCUUCAUCCUCGAUCUCAAAAACCUACACAAGGGAUGGACCACCAGCGAGGCAAGAAUGCCCACUCCCCGUGGAGGUGUUGUUUCAGGCACAAUCGGGUGUGAGGUUUACAUCAUGGGAGGCGAGGGCAACACGGCCGCCGGAGCAGAAGGCGUCUUUGAUAACGUCGAGGUGUUUGACACUAAGUCCGAGACUUGGAGGAAGCUCGAUGCCAUGAGGCUUCCCAGGCACGGAGGGUCGGCUGUGGCGGUCAAUGAAGGAAUCUACCUUCCUGGAGGAGGCACGAGACUGGGUGGUUCUCCUGUUGAUGUUUUGGAUGUUUAUUGGCCGUGA